ACUCCACUGGGAUCACACAGACAUCUGAUUGGCCGGGGAUGCGGCAACCGGGGGGGCGAGAACAAUAGCAUCAUUCCGCCAUAAAAAGAGUGAAGCUAUGCCUUCGAGACGAAAACAUUUCAGCAACAGAAGGGGCCAUACAGCGGGGAAAUAAAGUCCCUGCACAGUCGUCAGUCAGGUGUUGCCGUAUUUCGAAGCGCCCUGGAUACUCGACACUGCAUCCGCAUCCUCCAAGUGCCUUCCCGCCGCUCCCCGCAGCCAACAUGCCCAAAGGAUUCCUGGUAAAAAGAAACAAGAAGUGUGCACAUGUUUCCUACAGGACUCGGCCGGACGAGAAUGACCUCCAGGAUCCCUGCACCCACCUCACCCGAGCUGCCUUCCCGACCCACAUCCAGCCAUGCCUGCCGCCGAUGUGCGCGGCGCCCAGCCCGGACCGCCCCGCGGCAUCCCCGGAUCUCGCGGCAGCCGACGCACCGGUGCCAAAAACGGAGAAGCCGGCCCAGUUCGGCAAUCCCGAGACGGUGUGCCAAGCCCUGUACAGCCCGACCCGGCCCAUCAGCAAGGACCACGACAGGGCUUAUUUCGAACGUAGUUUCAAUCUGGGCUCGCCCAUUUCUGCUGAGUCAUUCCCAACACCUGCUUCACUCUCCGGCCUGGACCACCUCCUGUACGCCCCGGUCGACUUGAAAAUCGGCACCAGCAACAGCAGCCGAAGCGGUACGACCAGCAUCAUCAGCAGCACCACCAGCAGCACCGGCGGCGGCGGCGCGCUGCCGGCACCAAGCAACCGCGUGGCCGGCACCAAGAGACCGGCAGCUGACGGCACGGAGCGCAAAUCAAAAGGCGCUCCAAAAAAACCCAAAGCCAUCCGUAAGCUCAACUUCGAAGAUGAGAUGACCACCUCCCCCGUGCUGGGGCUCAAAAUCAAAGAGGGUCCGGUGGAGGUGAAGGCCAGGACACAUGCGCCGGGAACCAGCAAGCCUUUAGGGGAGUUCGUGUGUCAGCUCUGCAAGGAAGCCUAUGCGGACCCCUUUUCCCUGGCCCAGCACAAAUGCUCCCGCAUCGUCCGGGUCGAGUACCGAUGCCCAGAGUGCGAUAAGAUGUUCAGCUGCCCCGCCAACCUGGCUUCGCACCGCCGCUGGCACAAACCCAGAACCAGCGGCGCCUCAACGGUCCCGCCCCCAUCGACGCAGGGCACCAAGCCCCAAAUGGCCAAACUGUCACCCGCGGAUGUCAAAUCAGCCUCCGAAGAAGCCAAAGACGCGAGCGACAGAGACACCCCGAGUCCGAGUCUGUCCGAGUCCGGCUCCGACGACGGCUCGUACGACUGCCACUUCUGCGGGAAGAGGUUCAAGCGCCAAGCAUACCUAAGAAAACACAUCAUGGGACACCAGGUCGUGCAGAAGAAAGUUCUAGAAGAGAACAGGUUCCCGGCGGAGCAGGUGCCGCAACCUUCAUCCUCCCCCGCCUCCUUGUCCCCAGAGGACGCCUCGAACCAAAGUCCCCUCAAUCUGAGCCCCGCGGACCGCCUGCUGUGUCCCGUGUGCGGGGAGAGCUUCAACAGCAGAGCGGGCCAGGAGAGACACCUGCGCCUCAUGCACUCGUCCCAAACGUACCCGUGCAAGUACUGCCCCGCCACCCUGUACAGCUCGCCGGGACUGACCAGGCACAUAAACAAGUGCCACCCGUCGGAGAACCGUCAGGUAAUCCUGCUCCAAAUGCCCGUGCGGCCUGCCUGCUAAACGCAGAACUUGUGCCUUUAGACGCGGAGGAAGAAGAGAACCAACAACUAAAGGAAAGUUUAAGGGGGUUCGAAAAAAAAAAAAAUUAAAUAAAUUGUGAGUUCCAAGUGGUGUCUUUCCCCUUUCAUGCCAAUCAGUGAUUGUUGAGCGCUUCUCUUUCGAUUUAAACUAUAUAGGCCUAUUUUGAGACGUUCUUUUCCUCAAAUUAGUUUACGGAGAAGCUUAGUUUUGACUGUUAAAGGAUAUUUUUUUUUCUAGGACAGCACAUGUACUCAAUGAUAGCUUCUAGACCUAAGAAUUGUCCAGAAAUCCGUCGAAGCCUUUCUUUCUUUUUCUUAAAAAAAAAAAAAAAGGAUCACUGUAGCUUUGUUUAUGGAAGACAAAAUGAUCAAGUUUGUCUUACUCUUAAUAAUGUGUGACUGAAGGAUUGUCUGUUAAGUAGAACCACAAAUGCCUUUAGUGUAGAACGAAAUAGCCUCCAUCUCAUCCAAAUCCUGCUGUACAACUGCCUUACGGAGUCAAUAUAGAUUGUUUUCAUUUGGAACGCUGGCACAUAUUUUAAUGCGAUUAUUACUAUUAUUACAAUUGAAGAUUGUUGCAAUAUUUUUGUUGUCAUCAUAUGUUUAUUUAUUUAUUUAUUCUAAUGAUUUUAUGUAACUUAUUGAUGUGUUUGUUGUGAUUGCCCCCCCCCUCCCCCACUCUGUGAAUCGUUCUGGCAGUUUACAUGUCGUUUAGCCAAAUUGACUUUUUUUUUUUUCUUGUCUAAUUUAUGAGUUGCGACAAGUGUCGUGGGUUCGGGUUCUAAUCAUCGAUACCCGCAACUCUUGUAAAAAGAAGGAGAAAACAAAAACACGAAGCUCUUAACUUAGAUGCAAUCUUUUUUAAGGAUGUUAUUUUUCCUAAAUGUUGGCUUUUAUAGCGCUUUGAUUGUAUGUGUAUA